AGAAACAGCAGUACUCUACCAAACCUAAAGACCCAGCAGCUGUUUUUUUUACUGGUUUCUUUAUAAGUCUUAUUUGAAGUAGCGAAGAGAAACUCAGACAUGUCAGACAGAUCUGCUGAAAUCCUGAGAGACAGCCGUCAGUCGUGGAAUGAUAUUGCAGCAGGAAGACAGCUUUUCAGAACUCCUCCUAUGACCGGUGUGAAGCAAGAAUUGCAUUUGUAUACUGAAUAUUCCAGUGAGGAGCAGGUGGAGCCCCAGCUGGAUAUGGAGGCAGAUGACAAUGACCAAAAUGUGAUAUUCAAUUACAACGCAAUUGCACCAAAAACAGAACCAGAAGACCCUAACCCCAUGCUGAAAGGAAUGAAGGGCUGUCAGCUGACGCAGAAUGACUUGGAGUUUAUGGAAAAGAUGAAAGAAGAUAAACUUAUCAAACAGCUGCAGGGUGAUUUGGAAGAGGUGCAGAGGUUGGUCAGUAAAGAACUGAUGCAAUUAGAGCUGGCGUUAGCUUCCAGGGAGAUAGCACUGGCUGAUCUAACGCUCCCGUCCUGUGAAGACCUCAUGGAGUGGGUGAAGGCGGUCCUCAGCAUGACGUCACCAUCCGCCCAAUUGGCAGACCUGGACCUCGAUUGUUUCCUGGACACGGUGACGAAAGAAACCAUCCAAAUAGCCACGGAGGAGAAGCGGAUUGAGAUCCGUCGGAUGGGGAACAUGGUGGCUAACAAGAAGAAGAGGGAAGCGAAAGAGAGAGGGCAGCUUGAAAUAAAUGUUGCCAGUCAACAGCUGAAGGUGCAUGGAUUCAUGAGCCAAAUGUCAAACCUGCUAUGUGAACUUUCACAAGAAGAGGAAGCGUAUAAGGCUCUUGAAAUCCGGAUUAACACUCAAGAAGAAGCAGCAGCAGGAAUGGAAGCAGAUAAAGUUGUCGAAGAGGAACCACAAGAUCUUAAAGUGCAAGCCAAAACUCGAGGAAAGGGAAGACCGAAGGCUGUUGCGUUUCAAGAACCAGCAAACCGCAAAACUAAAUCCAGGAGCAAGCUCGCAGACGGUAAAACUGACAGUGGGAAACACGAUAAAGAGAAGCCAACGAAGUCUGUUAAAGAAUCCAAAGGGCCACAAAAGAGAGUCCAGAAGCAAGAGGCAAGUUCCCAAGAGGCUUUGCAGUCUGUAGGAGGGAAGAGAAAGAAACCUGCAGCUACAAAACCAAAAAGUGGUGUGAAAACUGAGGAAGCUCCAUCCACGACCGGACGGGAAGCUCCAUCCACGACCGGACGGGAAGCUCCAUCCACGACCGGACGGGAAGCUCCAUCCACGACCCGACGGGAACCUCCAUCCACGACCCGACGGGAUUCUCCAUCCACGACCCGACGGGAAGCUCCAUCCACGACCCGACGGGAAGCUCCAUCCACGACCCGACGGGAAGCUCCAUCCACGACCCGACGGGAAUCUCCAUCCACGACCCGACGGGAAUUUCCAUCCACGACCCGACGGAAAGCUCCAUCCACGACCCGACGGGAAUCUCCAUCCACGACCCGACGGGAAUCUCCAUCCACGACCCGACGGGAAUCUCCAUCCACGACCCGACAGAAAGCUCCAUCCACGACCCGACGGGAAGCUCCAUCCACGACCCGACGGGAAGCUCCAUCCACGACCCGACGGGAAGCUCCAUCCACGACCCGACGGGAAGCUCCAUCCACGACCCGACGGGAAUCUCCAUCCACGACCCGACAGGAAGCUCCCCCCCAGGGCAGGAAGGAGGAGACCACUGUUCUGAGGAGGUCCAAGAGGAUCGCCAGCAAGGCUCACUGACACCACACCUUUUUAAUAAUGUUGGAUGUAGUGCCCUACAAAAUCUAACAAAAAAACCUGGUGAACCCGUCUACAAUUUAGUAUUGGACUGUAACACCCUUGACUUAGUCUUGUUGCUAAGUAACUUUCAGUAAUGGGCUUGACAUUAAGUUGUAUUUCAUUACAUUCAUGUGCAUGUCAUUUUAAGAAUCUGUUUAAUUUGUUUUAUUUAAAUAAAGUGGUGAUUUCAUGAGA